AUGGAGAUUUCUAUUGUUGCUUCAUCGUCUAUCGAAGGCGAGAUCGGAAGUUGGGAUCUCAAAACCGGGAAAGCGUUGCUCAAAUUCAAGCCGUGCGCUUCUCCCGCGCACGGUCUCACCGCCGUCGGAGAUAAAUUCCUCGCCGCCUCUCAGCUCCGCAAGGACCGCAACGCAUCCGAUUCCUCUGGCUCUGGCUCUAACUCUGGCUCGAUUUUCUUCUGGUCUUGGAAUAAGCCUCAAGUGGAAGUUAGGAGCUUCCUUCUGGAGCCAAUAUUGGCUCUUGCAGCUAACAGUGAAGGAACUUACAUAGUCGGUGGUAGUGGUGGAAAGCCUGGAUAUAUUUAUCUUUGGGAGGUUGCGACUGGGAAGUUGCUUAAGAAGUGGCACGGUCAUUACCGUUCAGUAACAUGCUUGGUGUUCUCUGGAGAUGAUUCUCUGUUGGUUUCAGGAUCUGAAGAUGGAUCUAUUAAAGUCUGGUCUCUUAUAAGGCUAUUUGAUGAUCUCCAGAGUCAGCAAGGGAACGCUCCUCCUGAACACUAUUUUACAGAGCAUACAAUGUCUGUAACCGACAUUGUCAUGGAUUAUGGAGGCUGCAAUGCUUUGAUUGUUUCUGCUUCGGAAGAUCGGACUUGCAAGGUUUGGAGCUUGGCGAAGGGGAAAUUGCUGAGGAGUAUCGUCUUUCCUUCAGCCAUCAAUGCACUGGCAUUGGACCCUUGCGGGUCUGUGUUCUAUGCUGGUGGCAGAGACAGCAAGAUUUACAUUGGUGCCAUGAAUGCCACAAGUGACCAUUGUACAAAAGUUCUUGGUUCAAUAUCCGAGGAAAGCAAAGCUAUCACUUGCUUAGCAUAUUGCGCAGAGGGAAACCAUUUGAUUUCUGGAUCAGAAGAUGGUAAAAUUUGUGUUUGGGAUCCCAAGACACGUCAUCCUGUUCGUACUUUCGAUCAUGGAAAAGGCCCUGUGAGCAAUAUUCAAGUUGUUAGAAAAACCAUUGUCACUAAUUUGAACAAAACGCUAUCUUCCUGGAAGAGAAACGGUGCGUCGUUACCACCAUUUUUGGAGAAAAGUAAAAAAUCAGACGAAGAUAUUAUGGAUGGUAUAGUUACCGUUGAGCCGCCGCCAUUUUCUGAUGUUCCUGUUUACGCUCGUUACCUCAGUGCUAACCUUAUUAACGAGCAAGUUAGAGAACUCCAGCAACAAGGCUCUGCAGCAACAGAGAUCGAAAUGGAAAGACUGAAACUUGAAUACAAGAAGUCAUUACAGAUGAAUGAUCAAUGGGAGAAGAAUUACGAGAACUUGCUUAAAGUGGUUAUGGAAGAACAAAACGGUGCUUCCAACUGA